ACUCCUCCUUUGCCAUAUGAGAAAUUUGAUGUGGUUGAAGUCCGACGUGUUGGAAUGUUCUACGGUUUCUUUCCUUCCAAAUACAAGGCUAUACACAAUCACAACUCGAUAACAAGAGUUGAGGUUGAGCUAGCUCUAGCUGGUUAGCUGCUAUAGCUAUGGUAUGAACCUAGAGACCCAGAUGAGCAUGGCAUGGCACAGGAGGGGGUGACGUGAGCAAGCAUUGCUCCAGGGACAUGGGCCAUGCAUGUCCAGAUGGGAAAGGAAAGGAAGAAGAGAUAAGCAGGUAAAGGAAAACAGAGGGAUUCGGAGAAGAUAUCCACUAAUAAGUGGAGUGGAGAGACAAACCAAGGUUCUCUCUCCCCCUCUCUCUGUCUACCUCCUGAUUCCUCGCAGAGACCCUCCACAAGCCUCCAUUACCCAAAAGAAUUAUUCUCUCUUUCUCGUACGUUAGCCGGUUAGCGUGUCCUGACCCCGGGUCCUCUCUAUAAAGCAAACUGCAAGCCUGAAGCAAGCGCAGACGAUAUCUAGUUAGUAUUCUAGUACUGCUAGCUGAUCGCCUUCAAACAGCGAGGACAAAGAAACACUAGCUAGUUUGCAAGCUAGAUUCAUUGUGGCAUGGAGCAAAGGGACGAGGCGUCUGUGAUCGAGGAGAGCCCGGAGCAGCAGCUCACGGGCGGUGACAAGCAGAUAAAGAGAGAGAACGGCACCUUGGCGUGGCUGGAGCUCACGCUCGGCGUGAAAGCCACGGCAGCGGAGCCAGCGCCGGCGGCGACUAACUCCUCGUUCUCAGACGACGAGCCGGCGAAGCCAGAUUCUUCUCCUCCAGCUGCUGAUGCUGCUGGUUCUGCGCCGCACAAGGUGUUCUCGUGCAACUUCUGCAUGCGGAAGUUCUUCAGCUCGCAGGCGCUGGGCGGGCACCAGAACGCGCACAAGCGGGAGCGCAGCGCGGCCAAGCGCUCGUCGGCGUCGGCGUCCUACCACCACCACCUCCACGCGCAGAGGAUGGUCAUGGCCGGCUUUCCUCUCGAGGCGCACGCCGCUUUCGUGCGCGCCGCCCUGCAGGUCAGCCCGGCGAGCUCGGUGAUCCACAAGACCAGCCAAGAAGCCACCCCGGCGCGGUCUGCCACGAGCACGGCGCCCAGGUUCCACGACGGCGACAGUACUGCCGCGGCUGCUACCCCGUGGCUACCGCUCGUGUACGAUGAGGCGGUCAGCUCGAUGUGGCCGGGGAGCUUCAGGAUGAGAACGCAGCUGGAGCCUCCGAGCUCGGAUCAGCAGCCGUCGGAGCAGAGUAAGAAGAUAGACUUGAGCCUCAGGCUCUAAAAGAUCUUAGACGUAGAGCUAGCUAGAGACCUGUACUUUGAUUUUAAUUAAUUCAACAGGAUAUAAUUAAUUAUGAAGUGUUUAAUUCCUCGAGCUUGUGCUACCUUCUAAAUAACGAAUAUUUCACGAAA